AUGCUCUCUAAAUCGCUUCGAAACUCCCCUCACCCCAGAAAGGCUCUGGUUGGCAUUCGUCAUUCACUCGUGAGCACUUUGUGCAGGAAAAUGGGAAAUUCACUCAGUGAACGCGAGAAAAAUGAAGCUGACUUUGGAGAGGAAUUGUACGAAAUAGUGCAACAAAUAUAUCCAGAACAUGCUGAUUACAUUACUGGUAUGUUACUGGAGUUAGACUGCAAUGAACUCAAACGAAUUCUAACCUCAACAAAUCGUGAAGAGCUUCUUUGUAAGAUUCACAAAGCUGCAGGGCAUGUACUUCCCGAAAGGUAAGCCAAAAUUACCAGUUGGUUAGCGUAAAGGCUUUUACUCGGACACUUUCGAUCUCUUCCCCAACGAUCUUCAAGAUCGCGUGAUUGAAAUCCUGUUGAUUCAUUCCGAAGUCGAAUUAAAGACAGCUGUUUUCCCUAAAUAAAUUAUUACUAUAGCUUGCCUUUGAUUUUCUCAAUCAAUUCUUUAAUCAUUUUUUUUCGCCACCAAAAUUGUCCCCUUGUCUUUCUCCUAUUGGAGGAAAUGGCAGCAUAAAUUAGAGGUGUUUAAUCUUGUUAAACUUUCGGAAGAUUUGAUAUUAUUCUUUUAGAUUUAGAUAAAAGCAGAUCAGAUUAUUUUUUCACUUGAAAGGUUAACAUUAGUUUGUUUUGUUGUAAAUAUUCCCUACAUUUCCGUCAAACAAAAGAGCCCACAUAAAAUCCUAUUGUCCAUGAAAUUGCUCUAUGACUAUAUAAUUAUUCUGAUGAAAAUUUAUCAGAAUUAACAAAUUUGAUUUAUGAUAAACCAUGGUGCCUGUUUGUCUAUCUUUGGUUCCUGCCACAGCAAUAAUUGUAACAAAAGUAAGUUUCAGUAUUAUUUAUCAGUGUUAUCUUUGAAAAUUUAUAUGGAGAUUUUUAAAGUGAAAAUAGAGCUUGUGAUGAAAAUUUAUUGUUUUGAAUUGAAGGGUGAAUUUUAUUUGACAUGUAAAAGUAACUUUUAGCAAAAAUAAAUCACUGGAAUAUCACAAAUACUGAAUUUGUUCUAAUUCCUAUUUCUAAUGGUUCAAUUUUGUUUCUAGGGUGAAAACAUUUCAAACUAGAUACAAUUUUUUGUUUUUCUUUGUUAGAAACUUUGUACUAUCAGGUAAUCUAAAAUUAAGUAAAAUCAACUUGAACUUUUACAGCUUGGAAGAAAAACUGAGUGAAAGUUUUAUUUUAACCACAAUGUAUACACCACUUCUGCAGGUUAGAUUGUCAACAGGUCAAAGAUAGCGCAAGUGAACAAAGCACAAACCCUGAAAAUCCUUGUCUUUCUUUCAGAGGGAAUUCACAUGUAAGAGACUCAUCCACAGAUAUAUCUGAUAAAAAUAAUAAAUUAGAAAGAUGUAGCAUUUUACCUUCUGGAUCCUCUACACACCACAAUGACAGUCUUAAAACAAAACAAGCCUUAGGUGAACAGAUGUAUGCCUUGAUUGAAGAGCAAUAUCCAGAUGAUGCAGAAAAAUUGACAGGAAUUUUGCUAGAAAUGGAUAUUCAAAGUUUAGAGCUCAUGAUCAAGGAUUCAAACUUGUUAGAACAAAAACUGGGAGAAAUCAUAUCACUUUUGGAAAAUGACUCUGGACAAAUCAAAAAUAGCCAAAUGGAGACAGCAUGGAGGCAAUGUCAAGAUAAGACUUCUAUUGGAGAAGAACUUUAUAAUUUGGUUAGUGAACUUGGCUGUGAUCAAGCUGACAAAAUCACAGGGAUGCUUCUAGAAAUGGAUGCUUACGAUUUAGAAGUGAUCCUCAGAGACCAAGAGGUGUUAAAAGAAAAAGUGAAUCAGGCAUUGUGGGCACUCAAUAAUCAGAGUGACGUAAGUGAAACUAUAUCACCCUCAACAGGACAGGAAGACAAAGCAGUUUAUGGUGAACAACUGUAUUACAAAAUCUGUGAAUGGUUCCCAGAGAAUGCAGACAAAAUCUCUGGUAUGUUGUUAGAAAUGAAUAUUGCUACUUUAGAAAUGUUGCUUAAUGAUUCUGCAGCACUACAAGAAAAAGCUGCAUAUGCUGCAAGCAUCCUCAGAACAACAAAAACUAACAGUGAAACACAACACAGUCUACCACCUUCUGAAAAAUCUGAAGCAGAAACAAUUAAAAGGUUAGAAGAGAAGCUCUAUGAUAUAAUAAAUGAUUGGUAUCCAGGAAAAGCUCAUAAAUUGACAGGCAUGUUGAUGGAUAUUGACAGUGCAGCAUUGGAGAAUUUGGUUUUAAACAAGCAGAUUUUGAAAGAAAAAGUUGAGGGAGCAUUAGCUGUCCUACACAGAAUGGAACAAACUAGCUCAAACAGGUGAGCAGGUCAAAAGUAUUUACAAGUCACCUUUAAGUAUUUCAAGUAAAAUAAUCAAAUAAAUCUGGAGUUCAUUUCCUUGUGGGGGACUCAGAUUCCUUCUUUGUGUCACAUUUGUAACAGAUAUGAUUGAUAUCUCUGUCAAACUCUAUUUUUCCAUUUUUUUAUCUAUAAUAAUUUACAAUUAUUCACCUAAGAGGAGAAAAAACAUCAGCCAGUUUUAACGGUGAAAAAUUGUUUCAGUAUAUACCACACAAAAACCCAAAAAAUUGUCUCAUUUGGCCACUCAGGGGUGAAUUUUACUUGUAAUCACCUCUAAACUAGCCAAUCAGCACAUGCAAAAAGCACAGUCAACAGUGGUAUGUACUAACUGUAAAUGUAAAUAUUUGAAACUUUUUUAAAUUUCGAAAUUGAUCUUUUGCCUUUGGAAAACAUUUUCAUUGAUAUAUGAGAAAGUCUUUAUUAUAUCUUUCAAUGUGCAAAAGUUCUUCUCUCAGAAUGACAAGGCAUAUCCUGAAUCCAAAACCUCACUUUGAUAAGCUUUUGCAAGAGUUGUUAUUUUUGUCUCUCUGAACGUGUUGUAAAUUAGUCAUGAAGGCCCAUUUUGCAGGGAACCAACUAAACACUGCAGCCCAGGAGAUUCCAUGAAAGACGAGUUGGGAGAACAGCUGUAUGUGAAGAUUGAGGAGUCACAUCCUGAAAAUGCUGAUAAAAUCACAGGAAUGCUUUUGGAAAUGAGUGUAGAAGACCUUCACAGACUUCUGAAAAAUCCUCUGGAACUUCAAGAAAAAAUAAUGCUUGCAGAAAAUGUCUUAAAAAUUGACUGAUAUUACCAUUAAAAAAUGUUUAAUGAUGUAUUGGAUGGUAUUUUAAGGUGAAAGACAAGACAAAGGUAUGAAUGAAACCAUCAGCUAUUUUACCCAUUGGUUUUCUGGAAAACAAUAAAAUU